AAUAGAAGAAUGCUAGAAGUCCAUUACAAUUUAUUAUUUUUUAUCACUAAAAAACUAGAAUAAAAAAAUUGAAUUUCUUAUAGUCCUACCAUUUCUCUUUCAGAUAUAAAGAUAAUAAGAUACACUUUCCAACGACAUCAAAGAGAGUGAGAGGAAGGAGUAGCAUAAUGGUUUAGGCUGAAGCACUGUGUUUCAGAUCAUACACCCAAGACAGAAACCACCACCCACCAACCACCAACCAUUAACCACCACCCAACUUUGAUUUUUUCAAACUACUUUCCCUCCCUCCACUCCAUCAGCAAGCAAUGGGAACCAGUACUUCAGUUUCAAAGAAGCUAAUGAUGUUGGUAACUGUCUUCUAUUUGGGUUUUGAGGUGAUCCAUUGCAAUGUGACCUAUGAUAGGAAGUCCCUUCUCAUCAAUGGCCGAAGGAGAAUCCUCAUAUCUGGCUCCAUUCACUACCCAAGAAGUACCCCCCAAAUGUGGGAGGAUCUAAUCCGAAAGGCCAAGCACGGAGGCCUUGAUGUUAUAGACACUUAUGUCUUCUGGAAUGUCCAUGAACCUUCCCCUGGCAAGUACAAUUUUGAAGGAAGAUAUGAUCUAGUAAACUUCAUUAAGACAGUGCAGAAAGUGGGGCUUUAUGUCAAUCUUCGCAUUGGUCCUUAUGUAUGCGCUGAGUGGAACUUUGGAGGAUUACCUGUUUGGUUGAAGUAUGUUCCUGGGAUUAGCUUCAGAACGGAUAAUGGGCCGUUCAAGGCAGCAAUGCAAAGUUUCACCCAAAAAAUUGUCCAGAUGAUGAAGAGUGAAAAUUUGUUUCAAUCUCAGGGUGGUCCAAUCAUUCUUUCUCAGAUUGAGAACGAGUACGGUCCGGAGAGGAGGGCAAUGGGAGCUGCUGGCCAUGCAUACAUAAACUGGGCUGCAAAGAUGGCUGUUGGAUUGGGAACUGGUGUCCCUUGGGUCAUGUGCAAGGAAACUGAUGCCCCUGAUCCUGUGAUAAAUUCAUGUAAUGGCUUCUACUGUGAUGAUUUCUCUCCAAAUAAACCAUACAAGCCUACCCUCUGGACUGAGUCUUGGAGUGGCUGGUUUACUGAAUUUGGUGGUCCAAUACAUCAGCGACCGGUUGAGGAUCUAGCAUUUGCGGUUGCACGUUUCAUACAAAAGGGUGGCUCAUAUGUUAAUUAUUACAUGUACCAUGGAGGAACUAACUUUGGACGUUCAGCUGGAGGCCCAUUUAUUACUACAAGCUAUGACUAUGAUGCUCCAAUUGAUGAAUUUGGUUUGACUAGACAACCAAAAUAUAAUCAUUUGAAGGAUCUUCACAAAGCUAUCAAACGAUGUGAGCAUGCUUUAGUUUCUUCGGAUCCCACUGUUACUUCAUUAGGAGAAUAUCAGCAGGCUCAUGUGUUCUCUUCAGGGAAUGGAGUAUGUGCUGCUUUUCUAGCCAAUUAUCAUGCACAAUCUUCUGCAAAGGUGAUGUUCAAUAACAAGAACUAUGACUUACCUCCUUGGUCCAUAAGCAUCCUCCCUGAUUGCAUAACCGAUGUGUUCAACACUGCCAAAGUGAGAGUUCAUGAUUCAAAGGUAGUAAUGCUGCCUAUCAUUCACAAGUCAUUAUCAUGGGAGACCUAUGAUGAAGAUCUAUCUUCUCUGGCUGAAAGUUCAAGGAUGGCUUCUCCCGGACUCUUGGAACAGCUUAAUGUUACUAGAGACACCAGUGAUUACCUAUGGUACAUAACCAACAUGGACAUAAGUUCAACAGAAUCAUUUCUUAGAGGAGGGAAUAAACCAAGCAUUAGUGUGCAAUCUGCAGGACAUGCUGUCCAUGUGUUUGUAAAUGGACAAUUUUCAGGGUCGGCUUUUGGGACUAGGGAACAGAGAAGUUGCACAUUUAAUGGCCCCAUCAACCUACGUGCUGGAACAAACAAAAUAGCACUUCUCAGUGUAACUGUUGGAUUACCGAACGUUGGCCGGCAUUAUGAGACAUGGGAGACAGGGAUCACUGGUCCAGUUUUGCUCCAUGGUCUUGAUCAUGGACAGCAAGAUCUGUCAUGGAAUGGAUGGUCAUACCAGAUUGGACUAAAAGGAGAAGCUAUGAAUUUGGUCUCUCCUGAUGGGGUCUUAUCUAUUGAUUGGUUCCAAGAGUCUCUAGCUACUCAAAAACAAUCUCAAUUGAAAUGGCACAAGGCUUAUUUCGAUGCACCGGAUGGAAAUGAACCAUUGGCUUUGGACAUGGGAAGCAUGGGAAAGGGUCAAGUAUGGAUUAAUGGAGAAAGCAUAGGAAGAUAUUGGAUGACUUAUGCAAAUGGUGGAUGCAAUUCUUGCAGCUAUCCUGGGCCAUUCCGCCCCGCUGUCAAGUGCCAACUUGGCUGCGGACAACCCACCCAACGAUGGUACCACGUGCCUAGGUCCUGGCUAAAGGCAACAAAGAACUUGAUAGUGGUGUUUGAAGAAUUAGGCGGAAAUCCAUGGAAAAUAUCGCUGGCAAAGAGAACUGUACAUACUCAUCAUGCUGCAGCUAGUGAAGACCCCAAUUCAAAUAACUGAAGAAACUGUCUCCAAGGGUUUAGUUGAUGAAUAAAUUAUACCUUUAAGUCAACUUCACUUGGUAAGUAGUGAGAUGUGUUAAGCUAGCCAUCUCUCCCUUUGUUGAUGCAAAAUAUGUUAUGUGGCCAAAUUUAUAUAUUUCAAUAUUUGUCAUAUAACUUGUAUUUUUGUGUGAAGAUGAUAAUUCAUUCAUUUUCAAUGUAGUAGCCAUUCAUUCAAUCACUUUCAAGUAAUAUCCAAAGUGACUCGUGACGUGAGAAAGUGACCACAGUACACGCGAUCCUCGUUGUUACCCCCAUGUGUUGUGAACUAUAGAGAGAUAUUUCACCAAUCAUGAUUGAAUGAAUGCUCUUGAAGCUUCCACUUGUUGGUACCGUACCGCCAUCUUGUAUCCCAUAUUUGUGCUUGUUUCAUAAUAUUGAAGUUAUCCGCAA